AUGGUCAAAUUAGCGCUUCUUAGCUGGCUAGCGGUUGCUGCCCCUGUAUUCUCCGCACCAGCCGAUGUUCCCAGCUCUCUCGAUGCGCGAGCCUGCACUACCCCAGCAAAUAGCCUCAAAAACCCGAGCUUUGAGUCGAGUGCCUUUACACCAUGGGUCUUCAAACCUACAUACGUCAAGCUCGGCAGCGCAACAGUCGUAAAAUCUGGCUAUAAGAGCGACCACGCAAUCCAAGCCACGGGAACCUCCGGCUACAACGAUCCAACCAGCUACAACAAGCUCUCCCAGACCUUCAAGAUCUGCAAAGCAGCGCGCUUCCAGCUCUCAUGGUCCAUGCUUCUCCCUAAAAAUAGCGUCGCAUACACAGCACCUGGCAAGCCUGGAUUGUCUGUCCAAGCUAAAGCUCCCGAUGGUCUGUCGUAUUCAAUGGGUUCCUUCAGCUUUGACACCAAGAGUUUUAGUAGCAAUAUUUUUACACCGAGCUUUAAAAGUACGCAUAAGGUUGAUCAGUGGACGAGUUUUGUUGCCGACCUUCCGAACUCGCAGACAGGAACUUGGACGAUUUCUAUGGAGUGGUAUGUUUCGGGACCUGGCGCGAAAGGGAGUAAGACUUCGACGCUGAAGUUUAAGAUGGAUAACUUUGUUGUCAAGCCAAAAUAA